GUGUCCAUUCAAAGUCCUGUCGCAAAGAAAAGCAGACGCUGUGUGCAUAGUGCUCGAACAACGGUUAAUUAUUCGUGAAAGUUUAACGUUUUAGUGUUAACAAUAGUACAUACAAUUAUGUUUAAUAGUUGUAAGUACUGAGUUUUUCUUAGUGUGCGUAUUUGCAUUUUUCCGAUGGAUAAAAAAAGUAAUGGAAAGAUUUGUGAAAAUCGCCAGUCGGAGGACUUAGAGAGCGGGAAAGAUAUCGCUAGUGAGGAUUCAAGUAGAGCAAACGCCACGCAUCGUAGAAGCUUGAAGACCAGGCCAGUUCGUGUCCUGGUGCGACGACUGCUGGUCAUGACAACAAUAGCAAUUGUACUGGUGGCUCUAAGUGCCGUUGUAUGCAUCUUUUUGGGGUGGAAAAGCCUCAUACAACUAAUACUAGUUGCUGUCGUUGCGUACGUCGCUGCAGGAAAGUGGAAAUGGUUCUAUGUGGCUCUGAUGACAGCUCCAAGGGACAUAAAAGCUCUCUACAAAUAUAUAAGACUACUAAUUCAAAUAAAAUCGUGGCAAAGAAAAAACUUGACGCUGGCCGAUAUAUUCAGACACAACGUACAAAAACACCCUCAUAAAACUUGUAUUCUUUUUGAAGAUCAAGAAUGGAAUUUUGCUCAAGUUGAAGAAUUCAGUAAUAAAGUAGCGAAUGUUUUUAAAAGCCACGGGUACAAGAGAGGCGAUGUUGUUGCGUUGCUUUUGGAAAAUAGGCCAGAAUUCAUUGGAUUGUGGCUAGGAUUAACAAAGAUAGGUGUGAUAGUACCUUUAAUAAACACAAACCAAAGACUGGAUUCUCUUGUGCAUUCCAUUACAAUCGCUCGUAGUCAAGCGCUGAUAUUUGGUAACGAUUUCACCGGUGCAAUAAAUGAUAUUUUUGAAAAAAUUGAAUCAAAAGUGUCGCUAUACCAAUUUGUAACUGAAGGCAAGUUUAGUGAGGAUCAAAAAUUUAGAGACUUAAAUCAGUUACUAAGUGAAGCAGCAAUAACGCCACCCGCAAAUUCAGAAAAGGCCGAACACCACGACCGGUUGGUGUACAUAUAUACUUCUGGUACAACUGGUUUGCCUAAAGCUGCAGUAAUUAGUAAUUCACGGUACAUUUUCAUCGCAGCAGCUAUUCAUUGGUUAGCUGGGUUUAAAAGCUCUGACACUUUUUACGUACCUCUACCGUUAUACCACACUGCCGGAGGAUGUAUGUCAGUUGGACAAAUGCUGAUCUAUGGUGCUACUAUAGUCAUAAGGAAAAAAUUUUCCGCAUCGGCAUAUUUUUUGGAAUGUGCCAAAUAUAAAUGCACGAUUGGUCAUUAUAUAGGAGAAAUGUGCCGAUAUAUACUAGCAGUACAACCAAAACCUACAGACACACAACAUCACUUACGAAUGAUUUAUGGCAAUGGAUUGCGUCCUCAAAUAUGGGUUCAAUUCAUUGAAAGAUUUAAUAUACCAAAAGUUUCAGAGUUCUAUGGUGCAACGGAAGGAAACGCAAAUAUUGUCAAUGUGGACAACACCGUGGGCUCAAUCGGCUUUAUUUCUCGUAUUAUUCCUGCCGUAUACCCAAUAUCCAUAAUAAAAGUAGAUCCCCAAACAGGAGAGCCAAUUCGAGACGCCAGGGGUUUGUGCAUACCAUGUAAACCAAAUGAACCUGGAGUUUUCAUAGGUAAAAUUAUUCCAAAUAACCCAUCACGAGCCUUCCUGGGUUACGUGGAUGAAGAGGCUUCCAAGAAAAAAGUUGUAUGUGAUGUUUUCCGCAAAGGCGAUAAAGCUUUCCUAUCAGGAGAUAUAAUCGUUGCGGACGAAUUUGGGAAUUUGUUUUUCAAAGAUAGAACUGGCGAUACGUACAGAUGGAAGGGCGAAAAUGUAUCCACUUCCGAAGUAGAAGCUGUGUUAAGCAAUGUUAUUUCGUAUAAAGAUGUCGUUGUUUAUGGUGUGGAAAUUAGGGGCCAGGAGGGUAGAGCCGGCAUGGCAGCGAUAUAUGAUCCUGAUGGUACACUUAAACUAACCUACCUUGCCGAAGGUACUAAAAAGGCUCUACCCUUUUACGCUAGACCAAUUUUUGUUAGGAUAUUGAAGAAACUAGAUAUGACAGGUACUUACAAGCUAAAGAAGAAUGAUCUACAGAGAGAAGGUUUCGACGUAACUAAAAUAAGUGAUGAUGUUUAUUAUUUAGACGCUACAGGCGCGUAUACCUUAGUUACGCCAGAUAUAUAUGAAAAAAUUAAUAAUGGAAUAAUUAGAGUAUAAUAUUUGGUGUACGUACUUUGGCCUCUACUGUGAUUCAUUUCCAAGAACUGAGAAGGAGCUAGAAAUUCUAAUAUUCGUGGAGUACAUAGUAUCCUCGUUACGAUUAAAACUACAACGUAUUUUUUAUAUACGUAUUUUUAGAAUAAUUUUGUAAUUGUUAUUUUUGAUUUAAUUUUAUCUUUAUUGAGAACAACUUGUUAAAUAUAUGGUUGGUUAA